UACAGGACCGGGAGACUGCAGCAAUGUGGGCUGUGAGAGAGAUCAGAAGUUAUAGCUAACUUUUAGUGCUGCUAUAAGUGCAAAUUCACAACACUAGUUAGAUUAAGUUAACUGUUGUGUAAAAAAAAAGUUGAGUAAUACCAUGAUACUCCGGGCCUUUCCGUGCCACCCAGCUGUGGCAGAACAUCAUCCUAGCGUUACAGUCGCAGGUGGAGGUGCGGAGGCGGAGGAAGCACCUGCGUGUCCACCCGAACUGCUUCACAGGCUCGGACGCGGUGGACGCCGUGCUCAGCCAUCUCAUGCAGAACGUCGUGUUCGGCUCCAGUGAGGUAUCCCGUCUCAAAGCUGCGCGGCUCUGCCAGGCGCUCAUGGAGGCCAGGGUGUUUGAGUCGGUGGGGACCAAGCUCUUUCGCCAUGAAAAAGAAGCUGCGUUCGAGGACAGCAGCUCUAGCCUCUACCGCUUCCUGGAUUGCAGUGUCCUGCCGGGUUCUUUCGAGAAGGCCGAUGGUUGCGGAGAUGGGGAGAAAAUGAAAUCAGAGAGACAGGAUGAGAAGAGGAAGAAGGGUUUCAGAUUAGCUGAGAUCAGGACUAUUUCGAACCCCUUGGCUGUCGACUCCUCAGACAGGAGGGUGGAGAGGUUAUUCAAGACCAUCAACUUGCAACCCAUCCUCCCGGCAUACCUGAACACGGCUCCAUCGGCUCCCUUCCUCUCCAAGGCUGUAGUGGAAGAGGUGUGGAAGCAGCAGACUCUUCUGCAGCUCCUGCAGGUGGUGGAGCUGCCCAUGCUGGACUGCAUCCUGACCUCCCCUGCCCGGGCCCGGGCUCAGGCCCGGGGCUCUGUGUCCACCCAUCAAGACCUGGUCAUCUCCAACACCUGCCUGGACCGACAGCUGCCCCAGAGCCUCAACCUGCCACAGCUGGAUGCGUGGCUGGCCGCCGCAGCAGACUGCCUAGAACACUUCCCCGAUCAACUCAUCGUGGCGGCUGGGGAGCACCUCCAACAGCAGGGGGGUGAAGGCGGGGUUGAGCAAAGCCCGGCAGAGAAGCAGGUGCCCCAGAAGAGACUACUGUUUGACACCAUUGCCAAGUACUACAGCGGUCAGGAGCGGGCACCGCUCCUCUCAGACCGCUACCUGGAGGUCCAUGCUGGCAUCCUUGGUCUGCUGGACUGCGGCAAGACGGCCGAGGGCAUCAGGGCAUGCCAGCUGUGUUUACGCCUGUUGGAGCCCGGAGCCAGAGACGAGUUGAGGAGACUACUGGCAUUCAUGGCCGUAGCUACCCAGCCGGAUGCCUACCGUCUGCACAAGCAGACUGAAAAUAAGGCCCUGAUCAGCAGAAUGUUCCAGAAAGGCAUCAUCCAGAACAAGGAUCUCAACCGCUCCCAGAGUGAGACUCUGGUGCUGUUCCUCAUUGACAACCACACUCAGCUGUUCAAGACCCCCAUAUCACUGAUUAAAGCUGUAAGGAGGACACUGCAAACCCUGCAACUGGGUAGAGACCCGGACUCCAUUUCCAUGUUCACCUUCUGUCAGCAGGUGUCCCCACAGCAGUACGAGGACCAACGCGACGCAGCCACGCUGGACAGCCUAAAGCAGCUGCUGCAGCAGGUGUCCCUGGACACCCGGCUGUCCACCAAGGACAGGGGCCGGCUGGUCAAAGACUUCCAGAGGCACCACCCCAUGGUCUUCCUCCAGCACUUCUCCUCCACCUUCUAGGUGGAACCUCUGAGGAACCGUAGCCCCACCUUGUGGUCAAACGAGGAUCUUGUUGCGCUUUAGUCAACCCCAUGUUCGUAUAGAUCGAAGCAGAUAGGGAUAGGUAGAUGGUAAGAAGUCCACCUUGCCUAACAGAGGGCUAGGUGGAUUUGGAGCCAUAUUGCAUUUGGCUACCAAGACAGAUCUAAGUGGGAAGGUACAGGGUACAAAUUGAGCUGUUUAAUGGCUAAUUUUGAUUCAGGAAAUUCUGAUUAUCUGUCUUGGAUUUCUGUUUGUACCAGAAUAUUGAUACGGUUCUCAUAGGUUCGGAUGUAUAAUUCGUCUGAUACCAUUACUAGCUGUCUGAUGUGUAAUGUUGGCCAAAGUAAUAAAGGUAUUAGGUUGUUUGGUAUGUUAAACUUUGAAUGUUGUUGCUGUUAUGAGGAUGUGCCUUUCAUGUAGAAUACAAUUGGAUUCACCACGGGCCUGUUACACAAACAUUUGAUGUUGAAAAGUACAGUGAACUAUACCGUUAUUGAUAAAGUACUUUUGUUUGAAACUAAUUAAGCAGUCAAUCAGUAUUUCAAUGUACUUGGAUUAAAUGUCAAACUUUCAUGUAUGUGGAUUUAUAAACUACGACAGGCAUGGGACUGAAAAGGGAAUAGAUAAUGGCUAAUGUUGUGAUGUUGUUAGGAUCUACCUGAGAAUAACGUGUACAAAGACCACAAAUAAUCACUCUAUAUAAAGCUAAUGAGUGUUAAAUUUCAUGUCAGAGACUGCUGUCCAUCUGAUAAUUGUAACUGUAUUAACCUUUCUGUAGCAAACACUGUUAAAGGAAAUAAUGCUGGAAAUGUUGCACUACUGAAAUUCAACACAUGCUUUACCUUUAUUAGUUUUGCAUUUGCUAAUUUGAAUGUUACUUUUGAGAAAAAGGGAAUUAUUUGUGAAAAGUGUUUACUGACAACAUGCUUUUAAUGCCAUAGGCAAACAUACAGUACAGAGGAUUUAAAACAUAACUAAUCAGUUUCUGGUACUAAUGCUGACAUUUAUGUCAUCUUGAAGGGUACAAAACAGAAUUUGGAUCAAUUGUAUAAAAAAUGGUUUUAUGGUUCUUGUUUUGUGAAAUUGAAUACUUUAAUGGGCAGAUCAAAAUAUUUGUAGAACUUUUCUUAUGUUCUAUUUACAUGCGUGUUAAGGUCAUGUAAUGUUAUGUUUUAAUUCUGGUUUGUUUGAAUUGCAUUGAAUUCUUUUGAAAUGCACUUUUGAAUUUGAAAAUAAUCCAAUGAAAUU